CGCAACCAGAACUCGACCGUCCGGCGCAGAGCGGCCGCGCAGCAGGCCGCCAACCGACCAAACAGCACCAGGUCCGCCGGCGCUGGCGGCAGCUCGAGCACCAUGAUGAAGCUCUACACGGACGACUCCAAGGGCCUCUCUGUGGAUCCAGUCGUUGUCCUCGUCCUGGCCAUCAGCUUCGUCUUCUCCGUCGUGGUGCUCCACGUCGGCUCCAAGCUCGCCAGGAUCUUCAUCAAGUAA